CAGAAACUUCCACAGUUGGACUCUCUCUCCAUUCUAAAGCCCUACUAAAACCCUAACCAGCCGCUCCUUUGAAAGCACAACUGUUUCUGCUCAGCUACUGCAGGUGCAUCGCGUAUUGGCUGGUGAGCUAAAAUGCACAGGCUAACAAGGCGUUCCGUCUCUUCCAUUCUGCGUAGCGAUGGCGCACGGCACAGGAAUGUAGCCGCUCCGAUUUCAUGUUCGAAUUCCUUACACGAGUCGUCUAAUGAUGGUAAUUCCAAGUUUUCCCAGUCCCCAAGGAAAUGGUAUUCUGCAUUAACUUCAGGGAGACAUUACAUUACCAGUUCAAAUAAUUUUAAUCUGAGCAAUGGACUAUUUCUGGGAAUCCGAACUGAGUCAACAGCAACAGCUUCUGCAUCAGAUCCACCAGCUGAGAAAUACGAAUAUCAAGCUGAGGUUAGCCGUCUGAUGGACCUAAUUGUACACAGCUUAUAUAGCAACAAAGAGGUUUUCCUUCGGGAGCUCAUUAGCAAUGCAAGUGAUGCUCUGGACAAGCUACGGUUUUUGAGUGUUACGGAGUCCGAGCUUUUAAAGGAUGGCGUGGAGCUUGAUAUCCGUGUCCAGUCAGACAAAGACAAUGGGAUUAUCACUAUUACUGACUCUGGCAUUGGUAUGACACGGCCAGAACUUGUUGACUGUCUUGGAACAAUUGCACAAAGUGGAACAGCGAAAUUCUUUAAGGCAUUAAAGGACAGCAAGGAUUCUGGUGCUGACAACAAUUUAAUAGGGCAAUUUGGUGUGGGAUUUUAUUCAGCUUUUCUGGUUGCUGAUCGGGUGGUUGUUUCAACAAAGAGCCCAAGAUCUGAUAAGCAAUAUGUAUGGGAAGCAGAGGCUAAUGCUAGCUCCUAUACUGUCCGAGAAGAGACGGACCCAGAAAAGCUCAUUCCUAGAGGAACCCGCCUUACCUUAUUUCUAAAGCAUGAUGAAAAAGGUUUUGCACACCCAGAAAGGAUUCAAAAGCUUCUGAAGAACUAUUCACAGUUUGUGUCAUUCCCAAUAUACACUUGGCAAGAGAAGGGAUUUACUAAAGAGGUUGAGGUUGAAGAGGAUCCAGCCGAAGCAAAGAAGGAGGGCGAUGAUGUUGAAGCUGAGCAGAGGAAGAAGAAGACAAAGACGGUAGUAGAGAGAUACUGGGACUGGGAACUCACCAAUGAAACACAACCUAUAUGGCUUCGCAACCCUAAGGAAGUUACUACCGAAGAAUACAACGAGUUUUACAAGAAGACAUUCAAUGAAUACUUGGAUCCUUUAGCAUCUUCACACUUCACAACUGAGGGUGAAGUAGAGUUCAGGUCCAUACUUUAUGUUCCGGCAAUCACUCCCAUGGGAAGGGAAGAUUUUAUUAAUCCCAAGACCAAGAACAUAAGACUCCAUGUUAAAAGGGUUUUCAUUUCAGAUGACUUUGAUGGGGAACUGUUCCCGAGAUACCUGAGCUUUGUGAAAGGUGUUGUGGACUCAAAUGACCUUCCGCUCAAUGUCUCACGUGAGAUUCUUCAAGAAAGUCGUAUUGUACGGAUCAUGAGGAAGCGAUUAGUUAGGAAAGCUUUUGAUAUGAUCUUGGGCAUAGCUAUGAGCGAGAACAGAGAAGACUAUGAGAAGUUUUGGGAUAACUUUGGAAAGAACCUAAAACUGGGAUGCAUUGAAGAUCGUGAAAACCAUAAGCGUCUUGCUCCGCUGCUUCGGUUCCCCUCUUCUCAGAGUGAGGAAGAAGUGAUCAGCUUAGAUGAGUAUGUUGAGAACAUGAAACCUGAGCAAAAGGGUAUUUACUACAUUGCAUCGGACAGUUUGACCAGUGCAAAGAACACGCCAUUCCUGGAGAAACUUCUAGAGAAGGAUUAUGAAGUUCUAUACUUAAUUGAUCCCAUUGAUGAGGUUGCAAUCCAAAACUUGAAAUCAUACAAGGAGAAGGAUUUUGUGGACAUCAGCAAGGAAGACUUGGAUUUGGGUGACAAAGAUGAGGAAAAGGAGAAGGCAAUGAAGCAGGAGUUUGGCCCAACUUGUGAUUGGAUAAAGAAACGUUUGGGAGACAAAGUUGCUAGUGUCCAAAUUUCUAACCGUCUGAGCACCUCACCCUGUGUUCUUGUGUCUGGGAAGUUCGGUUGGUCAGCCAACAUGGAGAGGCUGAUGAAGGCACAGACAGUUGGAGACACAUCUAGCUUGGAUUAUAUGAGAGGAAGGAGGGUGUUUGAGAUCAACCCAGACCACCCAAUCAUCAAGGACUUGAAUGCUGCAAGCAGGAAUUGCCCAGAUCAAGAAGAUGCACUGAGAACUAUUGAUCUUCUGUAUGAUGCUGCUCUGGUUUCCAGUGGCUUUACUCCGGAGAAUCCAGCUCAGCUGGGUGGGAAGAUAUAUGAGAUGAUGAGAAUGGCAAUCUCAGGCAAAUGGGGAGCUCUUGCGGCUGAGGUUCAUCAGACGGUUAGCCAGCCCGGAAAUCCCGAAAGUACAGUAAACCUAGAGACUGUAGAAGCAGAGGUGGUGGAGCCUACGGAGGCUGGUGGACAGAAAUGAGCCAGAACGUGAUAUGCCCCACUUUAUUUUUUUUUCACAUCUCUCCCCUUUUAGUAUAUUUGUGAAGUACAGAAAAGCCGCAGCAAGCCAGUAGAGUAGUUAUAUUUUUACUUAAAGCUCCCCUAGGUGUCGGUUGAGAGUUUGUAGUGGAACGAUAUCGGAAGAAUGAAAAGCGAAAUCUUUCUUAUAAUGAAAGACCCAUUGUUCUAUUUUU